AUGACCGUUUGUGCUUCGAACGGUGUCACCUAUGAUAACUUUUGCGAACUGAAUCAAUUCGCGUGUACACAUCAACUUGAUCUGGUGGCCGUCUCACUUGGAUUCUGCAAUAAUGGUCCGAUUCAUGAAUGCGAUGAUGAGGUCGCCACUCGCUACGAACGCAAGAAGGAGUCAUCUCGCAAGAAUAAACUUUCGAAAAUUGGUGAUAUUUGUGUGAAUGAUUCAGAAUGCAAGAUCGUAAAUUCAGUGUGUCAAUUCGAUGCACAGAAUAAAUCAGUGAGGAAAUGUGCUUGUCGAAAGGGUUUUAUCGAAACAUCACAAGCU